AUGAAGCGCAAGAAGUGGUCGGAGCUGGAGGAGCAGACCCUGCUGUCCAAAUACUCCGACCUCCUCAAUUCCGGCGCACUCGCGAAGCUCAGGACCCGGGAGAAGAAGUUCCGGCCAGUGGCCGAUCACGUUAACUCCCUGCACCACCUCCGGGACCCGAUCGCCUUUCCCUUCCGGUGGUCCUGGCGGGACGUGUCGAUCAAGGUGCAGAACAUGCGCCACCAGUACCUGGGCGUCAAGCAGAAGAUCCGAAUCUCCGGCAACGAGUUCAACUGGGGCGACGGCGAGAUCCACUGGGAGAAUUUCCUCAAGUACAAGCAAGUGUUUGGGGACAUCGAGUUGUCUGACAACGGCGUCAGGGUUGAUGCAAGUAACAACGCAAACAGCGGCCAGGUAAUGAAUAGCAACGAUAAAAGUAGUAAUAGCAAAACAAUUGGGGAUGAGGGUAUUUAUUCUGAUAUUUUCGGGUAUGGUGAUGAGGAUAUUGAGGAAACCGAUGAGUAUGGUGAUGAAGGAGCCGAUAUAGGGGCAAGCGAGGAGGGGGAAAAGGGGGGGAAAGAGGGGAACGAAAUUGAGGAUGAAAAAAUGAAACUGGGGCUUAAAGGUAAGAAAUUGAGGAUGGUGGUCACUAAGGUUUUGGAACUGAGGGAAGCGAUUCUGAGAAGAGAGGAUAAGCGUAGGGAAAGGGAAUGGGACCAAGAAGAAGUGGCCCACAAGAGGGAAAUGGAACUGGAGAGAGAGCUCGAGAAGGAAAAGAGGUUGAGGAUGAGUUUUCAGGAGAAAUGGGAGGAAAGGGAAAUGGAGUGGAGAGAGAGACUAUUUGAGGUGCAAAUGCAGCAUGAGAAGCAGAUGAUGCAAAUGCACGCAGAUUCAUGCCAAAGCCAGCUGCAGAUUCUUGGGAUUGUGUCUCGGCUAGUUUGCCAGCUUUUUGGGUCGGCCACUGAUGGAUUGGGGGGUGGGAUUGGGCCGUUGGCCCAAUCAGGCUUGCAGAAUUUGGAGCAUCCAGCUGGGCUGGGUGAUGGUGGGAAGCCCGAUGCCACCUCGCCCUCGGAGUUUUUGUAA